AUGUCUGAAGAACCACUCACCCUCAUCUCCGCAACGCCCUCCGCCUUUGCGCGCAUGCCGCGCAUAGCGCUAGCCCUGAAAAAAAUCCCCUUCACCCUCACCAACGAGAUCCCCUGGCACAGCAGCACGCAAACCCCGCACCACAACCCGCUCGAGAAGCUGCCGAUCCUGCUCUUCCCGGACGCGCGCGCCCCCGUCUACGAAAGCGCGCACAUCCAAACCUACAUUGUGGAAAAGUACGCGCAGCGCGGCCCGCGGCUGCUGCCGGGCGAUCUGGACGGCGAUCUCGCGGCGAAGCAGAUCGUUGCGCUGGGCGUGGGCUGCUUGGAUGCGCUGGUGCUGAACGGGUGGGAGGUCAGGAGGCCCGUGGAGAGGCAGAGCGCGCUGUGGAUUGCGCGGCAGGCGCGGAAGAUUGAUGGCGCGAUGCGCGCCUUUAACCGCUACGUCGAGGACGCGCUGGCGCUGGGCAACGCUGAGUACGUGCUAGGGCCGGAGCUAACGAUUGCGGAUAUAGCGAUUGUCUGUGCGGUCGGUGGGGUUGAUUUUGUGGGGCUGCGAGAUGGCUGGCGGCUGCAGUACCCGGCGUUGGGCGCUUAUUUCGACAGGCUGGAUGAGGAGAGCGUCUUCAAGGAGACGAGGCCCGUCAUGUUUGAUCUGUCGGAAGAGGUCGUGUAG